CUCCAUUCUCCAUGACACUGGAAAUAGACACAGGCUAGAGCUACAUAAAUAUAUACAUAUACGUGUAGUAACCUCAAUUAUCGAACUAUACUGUUGUUAAUCUCAACAACUUGAAUAGAAUAAAAUUAUCUCAGUAGUGCUGAUAAAACGAUUUGUUUUCGCGCGACUUUAUGUCUUUUUAUAAGAUGCGAAAAUCAUGAAGAAAAAACAAGUUAAUUAAUUAAUUAUUUAAAAUGAAAUUUAGGUCCGAUCCAUUGGAAAAGAAGUAUCAUAUUAUUGAUAUAAAAUGUAGUAAUAAUAACAGUAAUUAUAAUAAUAAUAGUAAUUAAUAUAAAAAACAUUUCAUUAGAUAAAGUCGAAGUGAAACGAUUAUGAUGAUCAAGUUGAAAUCAUUUACAAUUUUUUUAAUAUUAUUUGAGACAAUAAUUUGUAUAUCAGGUACAACUCACUGGGUUGUAACUGAAAAUGGAAAAAUUCAAUCACAGUUGGAUUCAGCAUUUCAAAUGAAACGACCGUAUGAUCUUCCAGGAUUUCUUGAACAAGAGAAACGAAUGAAUGUUGUCCAAGCAUUACAUAAAAAAAUAAUGGCAAGAAAAAUGAUUCUUGACAGUCAAAUAGCUGUUCUCAAUUCAAUUGGUGAUUUAGAAUCAUGGUUACAGUCAUCAAACCCAGAAUGUAUUUCAAAUCGUAAAUUAUUGGAAGACUUUGAUUUUUACGCCAGUGUUGCUACUGAUGGCAGUUACAGAAAAGGUGUAACUCAAAAAGAUUAUUUGCUUGACGGAAUACCCGACGAUGGUAAGAGAACAGUACCAGACUGCAAAAAGACGUUUCCUUUAGACUUUAGCAUGUAUACUUUUGAGCAUCUCAGUGCAAUGCGGAAUAGAAAAAAUUUAACGCAGCAUCAAGAAAAAGGUCUGAUUAAAUAUUUACCACCAGGAACAGAUUUAAAUAAAUUUGGUCAUCAAAUAGCUCAUGGAUUGAAGAGAAAUAAUACGUCAUGGUUGCAUUUAAAUCUUGCAGCCAUUUAUUGGCGAGUUAAAGGUGAUGCUUACAAUGCAUUAGAGUGUGCAAGGCGCGCUAUUGUAACAGCUCCUAGGGAAUAUCGUGACAUACCGUUAUUAACAACGGGUGGAAUUUUACAUGCUGCUAAAUAUUCAGCAGAAGCGGCUAUUGUUCUCCAUGCCGCGAUAGAUUAUGCACCAACACAAAGUCAUCAGCAUCUUGCAUUAGGCCACGUUUACGCGAUUUUAGGUGAUUAUAAUCGAUCAUUAGCGUGUUACGACAAUUCUUUGAGACUUACGCCCACAAUGGAACAAGCAAAGCAAGCCAAAUUUGUUAUAUUGUGUUGUCAAAGUUUGACUGAAGCACUUACUGCUUUACACAAGAGAUUAGAUGAUAUAGUAACAGAUUUACAUGCACAACAAAAAGAUUAUACGGAAUGGUUGAAGUUAGAAGAAAAAAUUUUAUGUGAGAGAAUGAAAACUCCUUUUGCGGCAUUCCGAGCCCAUCGUUUAGGGCCGAUUUUAUCACAUCGAGGUCAAUCUUGUAUGCAACGUGAAGGCGACGAUGCAAUUUUAUCAUGCCAAGUUACUAAUGACAAUCAAAUGUUUGCUCAUAAUCUUCUUGUUGACAUCGGAGUUAGUUUGCAACAAUUGAAAAAUGUUGAGAAUCAAGUUGAAAAAAUAAAUGAUAGGAUGUCAACUGCUAAAGUUUUACCUUCUAAGAAUGAAAAAAUUAGUGAGAUUCAAAAAAAUUCUAAUGUACGGAGCACGGAAUUCUUUACAGUUUUUAUGGAACCAACUAGUAAACCAAAGUACUAUAAUUUCGAAAUAAAAAAAAGUAAUAGAGAGUUUGAAAAUAAAAAUUGGCCGGAUCAAAGUGAAUGUGAAAAGUCGGGAUUACUUAUUGAUACCAAACAAUACGUACCAAUUUAUUUAUCACCAGAGAAUAAAGGCUACAUAGUUAAUAUUUUUGUUAAUGAAUUGAUCGGAAUGGAUUCGGAAAAGGAGCAUAUGCUACCAUGGUAUCCACCAAUAUGUCAAUCGCCAGAAUCUUAUGAUUCGAAAUUUAUUUCUCCAUUACUAUUAAAAGCAACGACGGGGGUGAGUUCUUCUGACAGCAGUUUAACGUCAUUUUUAACAGAUUUAGCUAAAAAUUCAGAACUUGCUGAAAUCGGACAAAGAAUUCUUACUGCUACAAAAUCGAAAGUGGCUGCUCCAUGGGUGCUUUCUAUGUUGGCAUCUUUACAUUGGCGGGUUGCAGGAAAACCCAGAAAUGCAUUGGAUUGCCUUCAAUCCGCUUUAAAUACUGUUCCAAAUGGAUUCAAAGACGUACCUUUAGUAAGUAUUGCUUCAAUCAGUCAAAAAUUUGGGCUAAUUGACGAUGCCUUGAGAGCAACCAAAGAAGCUCUUCGGGUAAAUUCCAUUGAGCCAUUAACAAAUUAUUUAUAUGGAUCAUUACUUUUCGUAAAGAAAAAUUAUACCGGUGCUGUGUAUCACUUGAGACAAAGUUUGAGAGUUGAUUCAGAAUUAAUGGAUGGUAAAACUUUAAUGUUAUUGAGAACAGUUAUUUGUUACAAACGUUCAAACAAUCGACGUACAGGUAAUGGCGGUAAUGAAAUUGAAAGUUGUGGAGUGACAUAUCCAUCUGCUGACAGAAUAGCUAAGCAUGAUUUGAAUGAAGGAGAGACAGUUCUUUGUUUUGGUGAUGGCAAAGAUUGUAAACCUAUACAAUGUUUUGCUAUGAAAAUGCACAAUGAUGAAGUAAGAGGUCCAUAAAUUACACAGAUAGUGUAAAUUUGUAAGCUAUAAUUACAUUAAAUAGGGUACAAAUAUUGAUCUAUAGAUCAAUAGUAAAAGGUGAUCAUAUGACAUCAUAGAGUCUCAGUUUAACGAAUCUCAAAUAAAAGCGAUUGGCUAAAAAAAAAAAAAAUAUGAAGAAUUGCAUAUCGACUGAAAUAUAAAUUUUAACAUUCCGUGCACACAAAUAUAUUUUCUUACUCGAAAAUGUGAAAAGAACAAUCUCAGUUAUAUCUUAAACAAAAAUAAAUGCGUUUCUUUUUUUGUGACUCUUGAUGAUCUGUCUUUGUGAUGUGUUUUAAAUUUUAAAGUAGUAUAUAUUAUAUAUUAAAUAAAUGUAUAUAAAAUUAUUUUGUAUAAUAGUGCUUGUCAAAGUGGAAUUUAAAUAUAAAACAUGUUGUUUAUUAAUAUAUACUGGUACUUCUUGGA